AGUGCCGUGAAUGGGUGAUGGCGAUGAUAAAAAAAGGUCCAAUGCAGGAACCGACCUGACGUGAGCAGCGUGGGGAGAUGAUGUGACAAUGACCGAGCACAGGAGUGCUGGGCUGCAGGAGUCCUUAAAGGGAGGCAGAGGGGAAGCACAGAAGUGGAGAGUUGGGCUGAUUGCCUGGAGACUACAGAGGGAAAGAGAGGCAUGGCAUGGUCAGGGAGAAGAUGUGGUCCAGGGUAAAAAAUAACAGGAUGGCGGGCAGAGCCAGCCCAGGAUCUUGACACUUUCUCAUUGUUCCUGCCUGUUACCACCCAGUUGUGCUGGGCCACACUUGGUUACCCCUUCACAACCCACGCCAGAACUGGAGAACCAGAGAGAUAGAGGAGUGGGGCACCGAUUGCGUUCGCUCCUGUCGUCGAUCCAAGGUCGGGUCCAGUCCGCCCAGUGGACAAACUCACGUCGGACCCCACACCCAAGGUAAUCAAUUUCGAUAAUUUACCCUUCUCCGUGGGUAACAAGGACAGAUCACUCCGACCCUACAUCGAUUACAGCGGCCUCAAUGAAGUUACUUAUUGUCUUCCGCCUUCGAGCUUUUUUUUCGAGAUUCGCCAACUUCUACCGCAGAUUCAUCCGUAGGUUCUGCUCUCUUGCCGCUCCCCUUCAUGCUCUCACUGAAGGUUCAGUUGCAGUGGUCAACAGAGACAGAGGAGGCCUUCUAGUGCCUCAAGAAGAGUUUUACGUCCGUGCCCAUUUUUCAACUGCCAGGCCCGGCUCGUGCGCUCAUGUUGGAGAUAGACACGUCCAGGCAUUCCGGCAUCGGGGGGAUCUCACAACGGGACCUGGCUGAUGGCAAGCUUCAUCCGUGCGCGUUCAUGUCACGUAAGUGCUCUGGAAGAGUGGCGCAUUGCUAGUAGGAGCUGAGCAACCGUUUAUCGUUUACACCGAUCAUAAAAACCUUGAGCACUUACAAACAGCCAUCGGAUAGCUAACGGCUAAACUCCCAUCAAGCUCGAUGAUCACUGUUCUUUGGACGUUUUAACUUUCACCUGUCCUAUCGUCCAGGAACCAGUAACGGCAAGCCAGAUGCUCUCUCCCGAAUCCACGAGUCUGAACCGGAGGAACCCCAGCUCAUACUUCCAGCAUGUUGCGUGGUUGGAGCCCGUGUAAAGGCCGCCAUUGAGGCCCUCCCUGCCGUGCUGGACACCCCACCUAAUCGUUUGCUCCACCAGAGCGCAGAGGGGAGGUGAUCCAUUGGACCCAUGCUAUUAUCAAAGUUGUUGUUGGAUUAUCCCGGUCUGACACCUUAAAAACCGUCACCGUAACAGCUUUCAGGUAAAACAAUAGUUAAAUUUAAUAGUUAAUAGUUAUAUAAUAUUUCUCUAUAACACUGAAAAAACUAACUUUAACAUACCUUGAGAAAUUAUCUCCAGUAGAAAUAGAAAUUAUCAUUUAAAGCAAUAGUUGUAGUCUGUGAGACCAAAGCAAAAGGCCUCUGGUCUGUUUCAGCUUUCUGCAGAGGAAUAAAUGAUAAUUUCUCUGCAUAGAAACUAUGGAGGUAUCUGAUUGUCCCUUCAUUCUUAAAUACUACACAAGAUCGUUUUGGUCAACACCCAUUAAAAAUCGUCAAAGUGUUCCUUAAAUAAUCAGCGUAAUAAUAACUUUUCUCCCUACAGUACCUUUCUACACCCAUCCCCCUGCGUUUACUGUACUUUGACAAAGCGGACAUAAGAAGCUCGACCUCUUUAGGUGGUGAUCACUCUCACCACUGCACAGUUCAUUCGAGACCGUCUAGUGUAUGUGGUGCUUUGUCAGAACGAUGAACUUCACCUUGCUAACAGCUUUCGUCUACUUCUUUAGCUGGAUCUCCGCCUCAGUGUCUGAGUUUCACAUUGUGGAGGUCCAACAUGGUGAAGAUGUUACACUGGACUGUACCAACUUUACCAGUUGGCCGUCUCACAUACAUUGGUUUAAACUGGGCAGUGGACCCAACAUCACCUGCAUUUCCUCUAUGAUCAGUGCUGAUACGAACACUACGUUCUGUGAUGGAUUUAAAAAUGACAGAUUUACUAUGACAUCCAGCACCGAGACCGUCUUCCUCAAUAUCAAACAUGUGGAUUUAUUCGACUCCGGACUGUAUUUCUGUGGAAAUAACUGUGAUGGAAAACCAAUGAUUGUUCAUGCAACGUAUUUGAAGGUAACUCAAGAAAUGUUUGGUGCAUUGAUCACUGUGAUCCUGAGUGGUCUAAUUAUUUUCCUGAUUAUAGUCAUCAUUGGUCUGGUUAUCAAAAUCAUCAGUCUCCAUAAAGCUCCUGUUCAUGGACAGAAUCCACAACACAGUCAGGUAAUGAAAAAUAAUUUUUACCUUAGAUUGAUCUGUAAUUUGUUUUUAUUCAUUUGUGGUUAUUUCCAUUUCCAGACUUUGGGCUCUGAUAAUCUGAAUUAUGCUGCAGUGACCUUUAAACCAAAGCCAAGGACAAACCACAGACCGGCAUCACAGACACAGUUGGAGCCUGAUAACGCUGCCAAUAGAUAAAAUAGGGAGACAACUGGAACUGGAUGAUCUGAUUCUUCUGUGGUUGGUGACAGGGACCCCUGUCAUCACACUGACCUUGUGAAAAUAUUCUUUCUUUAAGUCUGUGCUAUAUGUAUACAAUUAUGCAUGUGCUAUCUCUGCUUAAAUCAUAAAUAAACCUAAGUUUCCAUUCAACUUAAUGUUUUUUUAGAGAACCCUGAUUUUAGUUUAGUUGCUGGGGGAAGAUGAGAUGUGCAGCACAGUAGCAGUUGCUGAGCAACACAUCAUUGACAGGAAAAUACAUGAGUGAUUUGAGCAUGUAAAGGUAAAGGCACAGGGACUGUUGGGUCGAAGGUUUCUUAGACGUAUCUACUCAACAUUAGCCUUCACAUUCAAAAAUUAGAAAAAUCAUUAAGCAGCAUCAAUGUGUUUGACUGACAUCUGUGCGCAUCACAAACACACAGGACAAGGUCUAAAGACAUUCAGGGUUAAAAACUUGAAGAUACACUGAUGUAACACAGAAUAAACUAAAAUAAAUCAGUCCUUACAUUCACAGAAGAGAGUAAUUCUUCAUUAUCUUUCCCUACUACUUAGUGAGAGCUUACAACAGGAGCGUCACUACACUGUAGUUUGUGUAGUAAUGUGUUUGUCAUCAGC